UCCACGGACGCCAUCUUGAGUCCACAGCUGUAGCUAGUGAUAAAUACAAGGAGCUAUGGCUGAACAACGGCUACUGUUUACAGUGAUGUUCACAGACAGAUUUCACAGAAUAAUAAACUGAUGGGAAUGGAGGAUGAUGGAUAACGCAACAGGAAAUAAGAGCCACAUACCAUGUCCUCUGUGGACAGGACAGAUUAGCUGGUCUGCAGCUCCGACUCAGGGAGCUCUCCUGAAUUCUCUGUCCACCUCUCAGCAACUCAGCCUGGGCUCACCCUCUGAUCAGAGACCACAGUAUGAUCAAUUACAGCCGCCCGGUCUGAACUGUCUGAGUGACCUCAGCGCCUUAUCAAGAAACAAUACUAAUCAUACCAACCUGUUCAAAUCCCCCCAGAUGAGCAUCAGCUCUUCAUCAGCCUCGCUGUUUGCCAAUACUGCUGCUACCCCGAGUACAUCUAACAUUAUUUCUUUUGUUCAGCUGAGUUCUCACACAUCAUCAUCCACAGCACAAACUGCAAACCAAGGCAAAACUAUACCCCCACCUCCCCUCCAGCAAACAAACCAAGGAUCCCAGCCUCAACAUCUACCACUCACAUCCCACGACUCUUACAAAGCUUCGUUUCAGCCUCCCUUACCCAGUCAGAGCUUACCAAAUGGACCUCAAGAUUUGCCCAUAAGCCUGCCAUCAUGUUCACAGCAUGCAACCCAAGAACCCCAGAACAAAUCUCAGCCUGCUUUUGAGGGAAUGAGUGCAGAGUCUACUGGUGUUGCUGGUUUCACUCACAGCCGUACCUCAUCAGUCUCGCAGGAGCAGCAUCAAUGGAUACCUUCAUCACACUGCAGUGAAAGCACAUUAGAUAAUAACACUGUUGGAUCGUCCCUUGGUUUUUCUUCAGGAGCUGGAGACAAGUCGGUAUCUGAUGCAGCUGCUCAGCCAGACAAAGAGCCAUCACAAAAACGUAGUACUACUGCACCGACCAGAAAUGAGACACUGCGAUCAGUGCUUUUACAACAGCGCACACUACUACUUAACAAACUAGCAGACCUGGAUAAGCUGCUAAAAACAUUGCCUCCAGAUGACAACAGUGAUGGUCAGACUUCACAGUCAGGUGUUCAGUCACAUCUCUCAGAUGAUUGUUCAUCACCUGAAUCUUUCAGUGACCCCAUUGAAUUUGCAGAGGAAGCAGAAGAUGCCAUGGCCGUGUCAGAGGAAGAGAGUGAUCCUGAUUUCUUCCCCAGCAGUGAUGGCAACUUUUCUGAUUUCAUGUCUGUUUCUGAGAAGGGAUCUUCAGAUGAGUCCAGUCCUACCACCCCCUCUGUGUGUCCAAGACGUACUCUGUCAAGAAAGCGAAAGGCAAAAUCAGGCAGCCCUGUGUUAAAGGACGAGGACACGACUCCAACAAAAAAGAGACGUACAAUGAAUCAGAGGAGAUGCUCAGCUCUGGUAUUGCCUUGUAUAAGUUCUAAAAAACAAAAACGUGUUUAUGACAAGAAGAAUUAUUGUGUGUUUUGCUCUAAGCCAGUAAUUAAAAUGGCUCGUCACCUUGAGACUGUCCAUAGCGAUCAAGCAGAGGUCGCAGCUGCAUUUCAGUAUCCCAAAAAUUCCAAAGAGAGACUAAAGAUAUGGAACAGACUGAAAAAUAAAGGAAACUUUGCUCACAAUAAAGACGUGUUGAGAACAGGGAAAGGAUAUCUCGCUGUUCGAAAAAGACCAAGAAAAGCUGGACAAGGUCAUGAGUUUGUUCAUUGUCUUUACUGUCAAGGACUUUACUGGAGCAAAGCUUUGUAUAGACACAUGAAGAAGUGUCCAGAGAGAGACAAGAACGAAAAUGAACCAAAGAUCGGAAGAAACCGGCUGACAUUACGAUGUGUGCUUGAAACUUUAGAUCUUGACAUAAGUGGCGGUUUGAAAGGAAUUCUGUCUUCGAUGACAUAUGAUGCUGUGACACAAGCCGUUAUAAAUCACAAGAUUAUUUUACAGUUUGGUGAGACCAUGUUUGACCAGCAUGGAGCCGAUAUCAAGAGACAUAACUAUAUUAGACAAAACCUUCGCCAAAUUGCAAGACUUGUGCUUGAAGCUCAAAAACUCACUCCUUUAAAGGAGCUGGAAGACUUCUUUCUGCCCUCAAACUUCAAACAUGUUGUGUCUGCAGUCAAUGUUUUGGCAGGAUACAACUCGAAAAAUAAAACCUACAGCAGUCCUUCACUCGCAAUUAAGCUCGGCUACCAGCUGCAAAAGCUUUGUGGCAUUGUUGAAAGUAAUGCUGAAAGUUGUGGCAAUGCAAGUCUAGCUGAGUCUGCACGAAGCUUCCUCACUGUUUACAAGAACAAAUGGAAUAACCUUGUUUCUUCAGGUGCAUUAACGACUCUUAAAGAGACAAAACUUGUUACAGAAAAGAAGGUGCCUUUUGCCCAAGAUGUGAUGCGCCUAAAUUCCCAUAUGGCAAAUGUUCAUGUUGUUGCUGAGAAAAAAGUAAGAGACCGUCCAUGUGCAGAAACGUACGCUCUUCUAGCAAAGGUAAUACUUGCUCGCACAAUUCUUUUCAACAGGAGAAAACCUGGAGAGGUCUCAAGAAUCCAGCUGAUAGAUUUCAUGUCAAGGAAAUUGUCCAACACCCACAGCUACAUGAGCUCAUCCCUCUCAGAUUUGGAAAGAACCAUGUGUGGAUUCUUCACCAGAGUUGAGAUACGAGGAAACUGCGGGAGAUUAGUCCCUGUUUUGUUAAAGCCGUCGUUCGUCUCAGGUCUGGAGCUUCUUGUGAAGAUUCGUGGAACAUGUGGCGUCCCAAGUGAGAAUUUCUUCCUGUUUGGACGACCAAACGCACUGUCUGCAUACAAUGGAGCAGAAUGCAUCCAGAUAUACGUCAAAGAAUGUGGAGCUAAGCACCCUGAAACACUGACAACAGCCAAGAUUCGGAAGCAUUUUGCAUCAAUGUUGCAGAUGAUGAACCUGGAUGAAGAUGAGGCCAACCAAAUCCUCGGCCCUAACAAUUAUCAAGUCCUCCAGCAGAGCACCAGGGUAGAGGACGUCAUGACCUCAGACGGGACGUUUCAUCCUGAUGGGACACAACCAGGUGCAUCAUGGAAUCACAAUCAGUUUUCCGGUGAAUGCCAUCAACCAGCAGGUCUUUAUCAGAACCAGAUGCAUCAAGCACCAACAACAGCCAAUGGGACUGAACAUCAAAAACCUGCCUCCUUUGACAAACCACGAAAGGCUCCUCAAAGUAAUGGCAAACAGAAAUGGGAGGAAGCAGAGGUCCGUGCUGUAGAGAGACACAUGAUGCGCUUCAUUCAAGGACACAAGGUGCCUCAGAAGUUUGACUGCAUUCAGUGUCUCGAAGCUGAACCAGAAGCACUGAGGACGCGUUCAUGGAAAGGUGUGAAGGACUACGUCAGGAACAGGAUCACUGCCCUGAAACGACAGAGUGGCUCUACUCGAACUUUGUCCACUAACAGUGACUGGCCUGUGCAAGAGGAGAGCAGUGGAUAUUUUCAGCAGCUAUAAAUGUGACAUUUUGUUGAUGGCAAAAUGUUCUUGUGCAAUCUUCCCUCCUAAUUUUUCCUCUUCUGUUUUGUAUGCAUCAACCCUUUGUUUUCCUCUUUGUUUUUUUUAUUCUUUAUGGUCAUUUCUGAUACAUAUUGUAAGCUUUUUCUAACAUGUUGACCAAGAAAAUUUGAUGGUUAAUUUUUAUAUUGCACUUAUUCUUGUCAUCAUUCUUGUUAACUCUAAAAUGUAGCUGCAACAACUAACCAGCAAGUCAGUUGGAGAAAAAAAAUGUGACUGUCCGGUUGAAGUCAGUGAAACGUGUUUAAGUUUUUGACUUGGUGGGAAAUAAAAGCUCUUCAGACUGUGCUUUGGACUGUAGCAGGUUAUCAGGGACUAUUUUCAGUUCUUUUUUUUCUAUCCCUUUAUAUGUUGUAAGUUUAAGAAUUCAAGACAAAUCAGUUGUGCUAAAUUGUCUUUGCAGCCCUGCAGUCUAGUACAGAUUUUUUUCAGACAGAUCUCAUGCUGUUUGUUUAUCCGUUACACAGUUUUGAUUUCUAAAAUUUGAAAGCUGCUGUCUUAGGUUGUAUUCUGCAAAGAAGCUAUCUGGUAUAGUAUUUUGUAUUCAGUUUGAACAUUGUAUGCACAUUUACAACAAUCUUAACUUCCAAUAAAAUAUAAGAUACUGGUUUUGUACAAAUUCA